GAAGACUAAUUGAUUUGUGAAGAACUGCCUAACCGGAGCGAAAUUGCAUCUGAGCAAGCUGCGGCCGGCGAUAAGCAUCUGUGAACUGAGACUCGCCGGAGACUAGAAGUUUCAGUACAGUGCAGCAUUCAAUGUUGAGGUGCAGUCGUCUGCCGCCAUUUGCAUCACCGGUUUUCAACGCUUUCGGGCGACGCUGGAUUCCCGCUCUCUGGCUUUCUAAUCAGUCGAAUCUCCGUUCUGCUUGCUUUUAUGCUCCAUUUUGCUCCCAUGUCCCCAAAAGCUUCAAACACGGCCAACGUCUCUGGACUCGUUCCAUGUCCGUUCAUCAUCCGAGUUCUAAAGUAACAGCUUCAUUUAGUUCCACUGGAGGCAGUGGAGAUAGUAGGGAAUUAUUGGUGCAGCACUUGCUUGUUAAAGAAGAUGACGUUAAGCUCUUAUUGGAUCUUCAGCAGAGAAUUUCCGGCGGUGAAGAUCUGAGCGAUCUUGCUGUGGAGUACUCAAUCUGCCCAUCCAAAGAAGAAGGAGGAAUGCUUGGAUGGGUGAGGAAGGGGCAAAUGGUACCAGAGUUUGAGGAGGCUGCCUUUAGUGCACCCUUAAACAAAGUGGUAAAAUGUAAAACACAGUUUGGAUGGCACUUAUUGCAAGUUAUAUCUGAGAGAGAAGAAUCGGUACUUCUGGACAUUCAACCUGAGGAGCUUCAUUCGAAAAUGCAAGAUCAGAACUUCUUGAAUGAGGCACAGUUAAUUGAUGUCCGAGAACCUGAAGAAGUGGACCAGGCUUCUUUGCCAGAUUUUCAGGUACUACCUCUCCGCCAAUUUGGAAGCUGGGGACCAGAAGUAACUACGAAGUUUGAUCCUCAGAAGGAGACUUAUGUCAUGUGCCACCAUGGAGUGAGGUCAUUGCAGGUCGCAAAAUACUUACAAAUGCAGGGUUUCAAGAAAGUAUACAAUGUGUCUGGAGGAAUCCAUGCAUAUUCUCUCAAAGUUGAUCCAUCUGUCCCUACUUACUGAGAUACUGCCCUUUCCCUUUGAGUUAUUUUGUUUUGAAUCUUCAUGGGAGGCUUUUUAGUUUUUUAUGCUUAUUUUUGUUAAAAUAUGCUUCUACUUCUUUUUUACUUUCACUCUUAUGAUGUUUCUGGUGAUUGUGAUUUUAUUUGUAAUAAUUUAGUUUUCACUAAUA